AUGCCAGGAUCAGAAUUCAUCAAAGUUACUACACGAGUCCGUCCUUCGUCUUCUUGUAACCCACAAGGAUGCAUAGUUAAUGUAAUAGAUACGAAGAAUUUGAGCUUCAAUCCAAGGAAUCCCAGAAAUUUUACAUUCGAUGCUGUCUUCAACAAAGAUGUAACGCAGGAACAAGUUUUCAACGAGGUUGCUAGUCAUAUUAUCGAUGGAUGUGUCGAAGGGUUCAAUGGGACGAUCUUCGCCUAUGGUCAGACUGGUUCUGGGAAGACUCACACUAUGCUUGGACCUUCAAAAGUGGAAAACGUUUUCUUAAACGCUGAACAUCGUGGACUUAUUCCUCGCGCAUGCGAUGCGCUGUUCAUGAAGCUGUGCACCACAGCAGCGGAGAAAGGCGAAAAUUAUAAAUACGAGGUCACGUGUAAAUUUGUUGAACUCUAUAACGAGGAGCUUUUCGAUCUUCUUAGUAACUCGCAGCAGAAACUAACCAUCCGUAGCGAUUCGAAGGCUGUACAAAUUCUUGGUGUAUCCGAGCAUCCCGUUCACUCGAGCUCCGAUAUGAUGCGGAUAAGAACGGAAGAAAUAGUGAACACUCUUGUGAAUAAAAAGUGCGCUACAUUGAAUCUCGUAGAUCUUGCUGGAUCGGAAAGACAGGCACAAGCUAAGACUGUGGGCGAUCGAUUCAAGGAGACCGUGAACAUUAACUUGGUCGUACUAUUCCGAGACAUGUCUACACUACAAUUUGAGCUGCUGCUUGUCGAAAAAUUGAAAAUCGUGUUCAUGCGAAUGAAGAUCUAUCUGGAUAUACUG